CUGUCAGUAAUAAACCCAUCAGAGGUGACAGUGUGGGCGACUGAAACGAGGCACCAUGCAGCAGAUGCAAAUUCGCUGGUCGACUGUGAUAGGAUGUUUUGGAAUCUUGUGUGGUCUUAUCUUCAUUGUCUCUCUCUUACGUACUGGUAGCCAUGACGCCAGACCAAAUCUACCAACUGCAAGGGCUCAAAACUUGAGCAGCCACAGCUUUCUCAAGUCAGUAGUACCAUUUUCUGAGGAUUCAAACUUCCGGUACUUGGAUGAGCAUAAUGUGUACGAUGUUUAUAAUGGAGAGCCUAGCCGUAACCUGACUGUCAGUGAGCGAACCUGGCUGACGAAAGUGAAGGAGGAGACCGCCCGGCACCUCACCUCUUCCGAGGGUUACACCGUCACCCCCGAGGACAUAAUCAACACUAGGUACCGGUGGGUGUCGACGGGGUUGGAGUUUGAUCUGGUUCUUAAUAGGCCUGAGUGGUCAAGGGGUGAUCUCCGGGUGACCUUGUUUCAACCUCUUGGUCAACCUCACAUUGUACGCUUCCUUGCUUAUGACCCCCAGGCGAAAAUAAACCUUGUGAUGAGUGUGGCUGGUCUGACACCCAUCCUGGAGAUGUUUAUAAACCAUCUGGUGGAUCAGGUGUUACCUCAGGACUCCAGCAUCUCUCUCUCCCUGUACAACCUUCAACCUGUAACCUCUCAUAUGAUCAAGAUUCUUCUGGAGACCAAGCUCAAGAACUAUCCAGACUUCAAGUGGCAAGUGGUCUCUGUGGAGACAGUGGGCAUCCCCAUGUUGAUACCGUUAGACGGUGCCGCAGAGAAAGACCUGGGCGAUGUAGUGUUCCUGGUUAGUAAAGAAGUGUUUCUGCGUGAUGAAUUUCUGUUGCGGUGCAGAGAGAAUGUCGUUCAGGGGGUACAAGUAUACUUCCCGGUCCCCUUCACACUUCAUGACUCUACAUUGACACACAUGACGACUGACUCAGUUGCAACGUUUCUACCUGAAAAGUUGAAGGUGAACAAGUUAUCUGGGUACUGGCACCAUAGGACAAUAGACGCCGCCUGUCUCUACCGCUCAGACCUUGCAGCCCUGACAACCAGCCUAGAUUCGGGCUCUGUUGAAGGAGCACUGGCCACCAUGUUCAAGAAUGCCAACCAAAUGGAAAACAUGAAAGUGGUACGUGCUCCCGAUCCAAGUUUGUUUCACAUCCACCAUGACCACAGUUGCAGCAAGGAAUCUAACAAGGCUAGGGCUGCCUGCUAUAUUGAGCUGGUCAAGGAGAUGAGCUUACAGGAGGUGCUGCGGUUUGCACUGUUGAUGCUCAACCGCAGUGUUGACCUCGAGGGGAUUUUAUCUAAGAGGUACGAACUUUUGUGGAUGGUGUCUGCCCUGGUCUUCUGUAUGGUGAUCUCAGUGGCAUGUAACUGUCUUCAGGCGGCACUUCUCUUCAGGAGUGUUAGGAAACGAGGCCUGGGUGGCUGAGCCUCUCGCAGCAUGGUUCCUGCAGACAUUCGUGUGAGGAUGCCUCGUGAGAUCGAAGAAGGCGCAUCGGGUGGAGCAGUAGUUCGAAAGAUCCUCAACUGGUCCCCAAAACCGAUGACUGAAUGGUUCAGAAGUAAUGUUGAGAUAGUUCCGUUGUGUAACUACUGUACCUAUAGGAGAACUUUUCUUCAGACAUGUACUGUACAUGAACAGAGUAUUGGGAAGCUGAAGGGGCCGAAACAGAUGCAAGAGGUCCAUGGAUCUUUACCAUUCUGAAGAAACUAUAUUAGAAUAUUGCAUUGGAGGUGAGAUGUUCAGUAGAUAAAUUGAGAUGGUUCGGUAUGGAAGUUAAGAUUGGUAUAGUGUAUUGCAGAGGUUGAAAUGGUUAUGUUGCAGUGUAGAAGUUGAAAUAAUGUAGUGUAGCGUAGUUUAGUGUACAAGUUUAGGAACAUUAGUAAAUAUUAAUACGCUAUAUAAAAAAAAAGGAUUGCACACGUGUACAUCAGAUAACGAAAACAAUAGAAAUUUAUCUUGUAUCUUGUGAUAAGGAAAUGGUAAUUAAAAGAAACUUUAUAUUUUUUCAAUUUAAUGUAAAAUAGAGAACAAUUGUACAUAAAUGAAUAAGAUUGAGAAAGUUAAACAUGAAUAACUAUUUAUAAACAAUUAAAAUCUAAAACGGAAAAUACUCGAUUAAUUAAAAACAAUGAAAGAAUAGAAUGUGUUAAUAUCAUUUGUAUUCUUUUACAUUUAUCGUUUUCUCUAAUUGUCAAUUUGUUAGCUAGUCAGGUGGUAUGUUCUCUGUUGCAUACUGUUGGCAAGCACUGGGCAUUAUGUUCUCUGUUGCAUACUGUUGGCAAGUACUGUACUGGGUAUAUACAGGUUCUUGAAUGCACCAGUGUCACAACAUGCUCUGGCAGGUUAUUACAAAAGUUCACAUCUCUUACUCUACAGAUGGCUUUUUUGACUUGAGGUUGUUACCUCUAGUGAGGCGUGCAUCCGCUAACUUGAUAUAUGUACAGUACGUCUGGAUGAGUAAAGUCCUUUGAUGUGC